AGAUAAAUCAAUACACCUAGCUUUCGGUAGUCCAACUUUCGCUUCCUUUUUCGUCGAGCAGAAUCGCCGGAGAUGAGCAUUUCGACCGGAAAAGUCGCCGGAGAGGAUUUAUUCGCCGAGGCAACUGCAGCUGCCGAUGAGCUUUACAGCUUUCGCGACAACUAUUUCCCCUUAAGUCCGGAGGAGAGAGUCUCCAAAUUGCAAAUCCAAUCUGAUCUCGCACUUCAAAUCCUCGAUACUAUCCCUAUAGAAAAGAGGAAAUUGCCACUUCAACGUGCAACUUAUGAGUAUUUAAGAGGCAAAGUACUUGAUGUAGUUCCUGUAUAUAAGAAAGAAGCAGAGGAUCAUUUGUCCAAAGCAGUUAAGUUGAAUCCGUCUCUUGUUGAUGCUUGGCUGUGCCUAGGUAACUGCAUUUGGAAGAAAGGAGAUUUAAAUGCAGCAAAAAAUUGCUUUACAUUUGCCCUUAGCAAGGGUCUAAAUAAGAAUAUUCUAUGUCAACUAUCAAUGCUCGAAAGAAAACUGGCUCAAGAUGCUGAAAAUCCAGAAGAAGUUGUUGAUGAAAGUAUUAAACAUGCCAGGGAAGCGAUCACUUUGGAUGUCAAGGAUGGAUAUUCUUGGUAUAACCUAGGAAAUGCAUUUCUCACUUCUUUUUUUGUGACUGGAGCAUGGGAUCACAAUAAGCUUAUACAGUCAUUAAAAGCAUACCAGAAUGCUGAAAGAGAUGAAAAAAUGAAGUCAAACCCUGAUCUGUAUUACAACUGUGCCACUGUGAACAAAUAUCUGGAGAAUUACGAGAGGGCCCUUACUGGAUUUGAAGCUGCUGCAUUAAUGGAUCCUGGUCUUAAUGCUAUGGAGGAUGCAAGAAUGAUGGUUCUGCUCCUUGAUAAAUUAGACUAUUUGCUUCGGGGUCAGAGUAAGGCUAAGCGGCUUUCUUCCCUAUCAUCAUCACUUGCUACAGUUGAUUUGAGCCCUUCAUACAAAAGAGCAACCAUGGAUCUCCUAUCUGAAGGUCUUAAUAAAGGAUAUGCAAUCAUUGGAAAAGUUCUGUUCUUCGCUAAGAAUGAGAGUUUAGCUCCAUUGUACUACGUGCUAUCUGAUUCAAAUCACACGUUUUAUGUAAUUUCGGUGUAUGGUAUUCGCAGUGAUGCUAUUAAAGAAGGAGAUCAGGUCACCUUAUUGGAGCCUUUCUACCGUUUUGUAGAUUUUUCUUGGAGAGAAAAGAAUAAGCAAACUCAUUUUGUAGGCUUGACCAUGGCCCAGCUAUACCAAUUCAAAUCAGUACGAGUGGAUUUUGUGGAACAAGUUCUUGUAAAUGGAAAAUGUUUGUCUCCUCAUCAUGCAGUUCGUACAUCAAUCUAUGCGCAACUCAAGGCAUGAAGAAUCGAUAAACUUUUCUUGUAAAUUUUGGCGGUUUUUUGCUGUGAAUUGAUUUUCAUGUAAAUACUGGUCUAGGCAAAUUAGCUGAUUAAGUUUCUUGAGUGCUUGUUAAUUUUUUGGUCUUCCAUAUCUCUUUCUUCUUCUUCUCAAGACUUACACAUUUUCUUGUGUGUUGAAAAUUUAUGUGCGAGAAGCUCUUUUGCCUUCUUAUUUUUGUCUAAUGUCAGCUAACGACUUCGUUUCCUUCA